UGAUUUGGGGGUUGGGAGCAGCAGCGGAGAGAACAUAUUCUGGUCCGUGGGUGAUGGCAGGACAACUAGUGCAAUCACGAACGUUCUACAAGCAGAGAGAAUAGAUGACUAGAUAAUAGAUGACUGUAGAUAACUAUAUUCUUUCUGAUACAAGUUCGUGAUGUGGUGUACAUUGUAUUGAUUAUUAUCACCUUCCUGUAUGGACGAUUUCGGAAAAUUAUGCAUGCAGAUGACCUUCACCCCACAAAAACUCCAGACCACUUCCGGUGUUGAUGUUUACUGUUGGUGCACGUAGCGUUCUUCGACCAUGCCGGCUCUUAAAAAUAACAAUGAUGGUCGAUUUUGCUGUGUACCUCAAUGUACAGUUAAAGCCUACAAAUGUCCAACAUUAUCCUUUCAUGGAAUUCCGAAAGAUGAACAAAUGAAGAAGAUUUGGCUUGUAAGAAUUCGGAGAGACGAAGGGCCACUCUUUCGGAUCAGAAAUUGGACAAGGGUUUGUAGCAGGCUUUUUGUGCCAGAAGAUUUUCGCCCUUUGACCUUAAAAGGAAAACAAAGAAGACUUAAAUCAGAUGCUGUACCAAGUCUGUUUACAUGGAAAAACUUCCAAAGUGGAAAAGAAAGAAAUCAGCCUGCAGUUCGCCAUCCCAUGUCACAAGCAAAUGCCAACACAAAUCAGAGUCAGGCUGACUCAUCUAGUACUGACAGUUUUGUAUUUUCUGCGGAAACCAGCACUGUGUUUUUCUCUCACUGAAGGAGAAUGUCAAAGAACAGGAUAUGCUGCAAAACUUGUGUGCAAAUCUUCAGAAGAUACUCAUUUAAUUACCUUAGAUCUACAAUGUGAAGGGGAGGAAGCACACAAUAUGGUGUACAUGUGUAAAGAUGAUGGUUGCUCAUGUCAAACGGGAUUAAACUGUGAAGUCAAAGAGAGCACUGCUACAAGAAGAGAAGUUGUAGUUCAUGGCCUUGAGUGCUCUCCUGUAAAUCUCAUUUGUAACCCAGUUGGUGGAUCACCUAAACUGGUGAACUGCAUUUUGGCCUCUUCAGGAACUGGACCAUCACCUGUCUUCCCAACAAGCCCUCAUAUCAUGAUAGCUGAUCAGUCUGUAGAAGGAGAAUGUCGCAGAACAAGAAGUGCUGUAAAACUUGUGUGCAAAUUUUCAGAAGAUACUCAUUCAGUUACCUUAGAGAUACAAUGUGAGGGGAAAAAAAUACCCAAUAUGGUGUACAUGUGUAAAGAUGAUGGUUGCUCAUGUCAAACGGGAUUAAACUGUGACAUCAAAGAGAGCACUGCUACAAGAAGAGAAGUUGUAGUUUAUGGCCUUGAGUGUCUUCCUGUAAGUCUCAUUUGUAACCCAGUUGGUGGAUCACCUAAACUUGUGAACUGCAUUUUUGCAUCUUCAGGAACUGGACCAUCACCCUCCUCCACAACAAGUCCUCUUAUCUUGUCUGAAAAUCAGUCACCACAAAAUAUGUUAUAUAUUAUACUACCUAUCAGUAUUUUCACUGUCAUCGUAAUUGCUUUCAUCUAUAAAUGUUGUCCUUGUGCCUUCAUGUGGACUUCCUUGAAGUGUUGUACUAGAUGCAUCAACAGAUGGAAAGGUGGACUGGAGAACAACGGGACUGAAGCAGUUCAACAACUGUCAUCUUGUACAAUCACAAUCCCAAAGAUAAUUUCUGAAGAUAAUAAUGAAGAUAAUCUUUCUGAAAUUGUUUUACAUCCCUUGCUUUCAGAAAACGAUUUGCAUUCUGUCAGUGUACCUAAAGGAAAUAAUUUGUUAACCGAAGAGGUUAUGAAGUUUACUGAGGCUGAUGCCAAGGCUUUGAAAAUUUCAGGUACUAAUGCUAGUUCAAGCUUAUGCAGUCUUGAUAAUGAAGCAGCAUCCAUAAAACAGAAAUGUGGAACAGGUGCUGAGCCAGAAUCUGAUGAAUCAAGCAAAAUUCAUAAAAUCCAUUCAAGUGAAGAGCAGAGCUACAAAAGUGCUAGAGAGUUUGCAGUAGUGGAAGAUGACUAUGCCAUCCAUGGGGACAAAGGUAAUGCUCUUAUUCCGCGAAAAAAUGUUUUUUUACCAGAUGUAGGAAAAUGAGGACAGCAGGGAUACAUUAUUAGACAUUUCAGACAUUCUGGGAGUAAAAGGAGAAGCUGAACAAUCGAACUGGCAAUAUUGUUUUUUAAAAUAUAAAUGUAGCAAAAAACUGUGCAGAAAUGUCCAGUUUUGUUCAGUUUAUUGUUAGAAGCAUUUAACAAUUGUUCUUGCAGCCACAUUAAAUUUGGGGACCAAGUCUAACUGCAGUAGAUUUUGAUCACAGUUUCUUAUAGUCUUUCUUCUGUGGCUUUACACCUUAAAACAGAAGAGCAACAAAACCCACCAGGUUAAAGGACCUGCUACAGUAGCUACACCCUCUGAGAAGGGGUAAAUGACCAUACUUUUCAUUAUGUCUUUGCAGCCAUGGUGCUUGCAGUUUUUCUUGGGCAUGACUUAGGCUUUUGCAUAUUAGGGUGGGAUGGAUGUCUGCAAAAAGAAUUUCUCUAAAAUCUAGCACACCCAAGGCAGAAAUAUAUCAAUUUCAAGUUACAAAUUCAAGACAAAAGAUGUUUCAGCCACAAUCAAACUAAAUUAUUUGUAUCAUUGAGCAACACACUCAUAAAACAGUCUCUUACACAUACCUAGUGCAGAGUAUCAAACCAUUUUUAAGAAUGGUCACUUUCACCACAUGGCUUUGAUACCAUUCCAAGGAAUUAUUCCAUUACAGUCUUGUUUAUGCCUCAUUAACUCCUAGUUUCUGGAUGUUGCGGCCCUAUGCUCCUCGAAGAGUAACAAGGAAUAAACUAAACUAUUACACUGGAAGCAAUUCAUAUUUCUAUCACUGACAUCUUUGCUGAUGAUCCUUAUAAAGAAGGAAAUAUUGAGGUCUCAUUUUCUACUUUUCUGGAAUAAAAACGGAAAGCGUGGAUGGAUGCUUAGUGUUGUGUGUGGAUGACUGCCACUUUUUCUUUAAUGUAAUAGGGCUCCACUAGUGUAAAUGGGAAUAUAUUUGACAUUGAUAUUGUUUAUUGUCUCAGUUUUUGACAUGAAGACAAGAGGGGAUUACAAAACUUUUCAUGAUAUACAGCGCUUAUAUGUUCACCACUUAAAAUAUUAGAACAGGUUGGCAAUGAUGAAUGAAAACAUCUUAUCAUUUACCCAGAGAUAGUAGAGUGAAGCUAAGUUAGUGCAUAUUUCAAUAUUGCAAAACUUCUAUACACAUGGCUAAUAUCUAUUAAUUUCCCAUAUUUAUACAUCUCUAACACAGAUGCAAUUCCUUAGUAUGGGGAGGUGAAACAUAAAUAUAUACUGAUUUCUGUGUAUUCAUUAGUCUGCUGGAUUAUAUGUUUAUACUGGCAAUAUAAUGGUGAUAGCAUCUGGUAUAAGUGUGUAUUCUAGUUAUUUAGAGAUCAUAAUCCUGGCAUUGCAUAAUUGAUAUGGACAUUAUAAUUUCUAAUUUUCAAGGCCUACCUUGAAUAUAGUUGCAUCCUAUUUACAAUAUAUUAACCAAGGUGGGGUAAUAAUAAUAAUUGGGAUGAGUUUUAAUUUAGUUUAGUCCUUAUUACUUCUUGAGGAGUAUAGGGCCGCAACACCUCACCAGCGGACCCAGUUUUGAGCAGCCCUUCUCAGUUGGGCCCAUGUGGUUUCGAUGUCCUUUACCUCGCUCUCUACUGUUUUCCAACUCUCUUUUUGGCUUUGGUCUCCCAACUCUCUUCUUCCCUUAAGGGUUCCAGUCAAGUGCACAUACCUACCUGGCAAUGAUGGCUGCUGGUUUUCUUAGGGUGUCCAAAUGUUCUGGAGUUCCAGAUGGACCAUAGGCUGUUGAAAGAAUGCCUGGCCUUGAUGAUGCGACUUUUAAUGUCCUCGUUGACAAUGCUCCCCAGAUACACAAAGUGAUCUGUUUCCAGGAUAUUCUCUCCUUGACGCUUGAUUAGGAGUUCCUGCUUGUUGUUGGUUCUCAUCACUUCAGUCUUCUUUCUAUUGACACUUGAGCCAGUCUUCUCUACUUCCUCUGCUAGCUUGCUCAGUUUGGUUCGUGCAUGCUGCUGCCGAUGAGAUUGAAGACUAAUGUCAUUCGCAAAUUCCAGGUUCUCUAUUUGUUUGGUGAAGCUCCACUGGAUACCAGUCUUGUUUCGGGUUGUCUUGCGCACAAUCCAGUCUACGACCAUCAGGAAAAUUGUUGAUGAUAUAAAUAAAUGGAAUGGUAAGGAAAAUUUUUAUUAUAAAUUACAUUGCUUUCUUUCAUCUGCAUAUGCUGGGCAUUUGCGCAUUUUUUUUUUUCUGCGCAAUGAGCAUUCUUCGGAAUGGAUACCUGCGCAUUACAAAUCGACAUCAUCAUCAUCAUCAUCAUUUGAAUAGAAAGUGGUAUUCAUCUUCAUAAUCACAUUAAUCUGAAGGACAGGUGUUGUCUUGGUUAUCAUCUUUUCUGGUUGCUAAGUCCGCAUACUCUAAGCCUGAAUCUAUCAAGUGUCAUUUAUGUCUUCUAUUGGUAACGAUUCUAAGAUAUUCUUCAGACUCAAAUAAAUGCUCAAAACCUGGCAUAUAAAUGGAAAGAAUUGAGAUUGAGAGAAAAAGAAAGAUUUUUUUCUUGAUGCCUGACUGUGACAGGAAACAAACUCAACCACUUUCUAUAGUCAUGUGUCCUGACCAGACUUAAAGUUGUAAAGUCCUGACCAAACCAAUAAUUUGUGUACAUUAUUCAUGUGAAACCUGUUGAGGGGAGUGUACCAUGGUUUUUUUUAAAUUUCUUUUUUGUGUGUAUUUUGGACUGUAUUUUUUUUAUUAGAUGAUUGUAAUAUACUGUAUUCAAAUGAUUGCUAGAUUUUUAAGGUGUGUACUUCGAUUUCUGUCCACUUUUUUUCUUUUUAUUUUAUUAUCUUCCUGUGUUCUUCGUUGGCUGAUGAUAAAAAGAUGAUGCAUAUAUAGCAUGGAAUCUCAGUGUGUGACCAGGUUCUUUACACUUCCCAUUACCAGAUAUUAAAAAGAUGCAAAAUAAUAGUAUACUCUCUCUCUCUCUCACCGAAAGCACACACACAAAUACAUUAAUGGAGAGGUGACAAUAACAAUACAGUUUUUCUGGUGGGUGGCAAGUCGUGUCUAGUCAACAUGGAAUGUGGUAUUUUGUAAAUUGUGUGUGCUACUUGUCCGACAAAUUUUGUUCUUAUAUUUUUGGACUAUGUAUUUUGAUAAAAAUGUUGAAAUUUUCUUUUUUAUUCCCUUUGAAAGCCACGUGGUUUUUGUGAGUUCUGCGCAUAAUAAAAUCCUAAAGUGUGGUUUACUUUAAAGAAAAUGGUGGUCUUUGUUUGGAUUAGGUAAAUCCAGUUAAAAUAUUUUUGCUCAU